AUGGGUAGUUUGGCAUAUGUACCGGCAGCUGAGAUACCAGUAGCUAUUGAUGUUCAGGCCUUGGCUAAUCAGUUUGUUAGAUUGGCUGUUUUGGAGUCUAGUCGAGUUCUUGCUGGUGUGGUCACUGUACAACACAGUGAUGCUGAGGAAGUUUCUAUUGGAGUGAGGGUGUUCUGCAGAUGUAGGGCCGGCUAUGUGUACCCAAUGUGGAUGGGUUACGUGGUGACUACCUAUUCUUCGGAACAGCUGGCUCAGUUCUAUAUCUGCGAGAUUGUCAGACUUAAUGACGUGCCAAUAGCUCAUUAUGAGGCCAUAUAUGGGAGGCGAUACCGUUAUCUAGUUUGUUGGUUUGAGACGGGCAAGGCUAGAUUAUUGGGCAGAAAUUUGGUUCGAGAUGCCUUGGAGAAGGUCAAGUUAAUCCAGGAUCGGCUUCGUAUAGCACAAUCUAGGCAGAAUAUUUAUGCGAAUCAGAAUGUUCGUGAUGUAGAAUUUAUUGUUGGAGAGAGGGUUUUGCUCCACGUUUUACUCAUGAAGGGUGUGAUGAGGUUCGGGAAAAGGGGAAAGUUGAUCCCUUGGUAUAUCGGUUCUUUUGAGAUCCUUGAGAGAGUAGGGGAGGUAUCCCACAAGCUUGCAUUGCUACCUAGCUUAUCUGUAGUCCACCCGAUGUUCCAUGUUUCCAUGCUCCGGAAGUAUCAAGGUGAUCCAUCCCAUGUUUUAGAUUUAAGCUCAAUCCAAGGACAAUGA